UGCUGUUACCAGGAAGCAGAACGCGCCGGAGAACGCUCGAGAGAGGGUCCGUUGAAUUAGCAUGUUCAAUACUUCAGAACUGACGGGUUGAUGGAGAGCAAAUAUUAAUUUGUACAGGAGAGAGUUGCUCCUCGAACAUCAUCAGUGAUGUGUUCGACUAGAUAAGCUUGUAAGUAUCGUCGCAGCGGCAGAGCUAGUAGCUACUUCACCGUCGCAACGUUCGAAGUUACCGCUAAUUCCGUCGGUUUAACAGACACAUUCGGUUUUAGAUUGUCACCAAUGUUGUCAGUUGUAAUGUCACAUUUGACCCACUAUACCGAGUAGUUUUUAUAACUACUAUAACGACUAAACAAUCUUGACACGUCUCUUGACAAAUAUGGGAAACACCGUGUUAGAAGUCGGGACGGGAGUUUUCGUCAUUGCGGUCGUGUGGAUUGCGGCUUUUGUAUUUGGGAUAAUGCUGUUGAGAGCAUCUGGAUCAGCAAAGUUGGGAGUCAUCCCUGUUUUCCUCCUGGCUCUCACCAUCACUUUGGCACUGGUGUUUUUCCCACGCAACCCCGAGACAGCUCCCCCUUUCAAAGAGAUAGAGAUAGUGGACACUUUGUUCAUCGGCCGUUAUAUACUGCUGGCGGUGGUGAGUGCAGUCUUCCUGGUGGCGUUCUUCAUGCUGCUCCCCUUUCAUUUCCUGGAGCCAGUCUAUGCCAAGGCUUUAAAAACACACUAGAGCUGCCAGGGUCAGAGCUGGUACUGGGAACACUUCGCUGAUGUACACAACUUAAGACAAGCAGGGCUGACGAGAGGCCCCCCUUCAUGUGGAAACAGACUAUAGAACACAUCCCAAAGUUGUCUUGAUGGCCAAAUGUCUGUUUGUUGUUGACUGUUUACAGACAACCAACAGAAAUGAGAUAUUUAACAGUACCUGGUUGUUUAUUUAUAAUUUGUAUUAUUUUAUACCUUAUUUUUUUUUUUUAUUUGAUAGGUGUGAAGCAAUACAGUAAUUCCUUGUCAACCAGCAAUGAAGCAAUGUCAACCUUUUACAAAUCCUUUUGGAAAACCUUUAAUAUAAUCAAAUAUUCAUAUUGCCACACUGACUUGUAUUAUUUUUAUAUCACCUGACGUCGUAAUACAUGAUUCCAGAGCUACUGUCAGGUAAGGUAAACAUUUAUUGUGUUACUAACAGUACAUGACACAUUAAACUCAAGAUGACCUAGUGUAUUAAGUGAAAGAAAUUAAUUCAAAUUCUAAAUGUGUUGCAUUUACUGUUGUGUAAAGCCUAAGGAUUAUAUUUUUGUCUCUUUGACAGGACUGACUGACAAACAGUGUUGCCUUCUAUGAGGCUAAAUUAUCUAGACUUAAUUCAUUUUUCUCUAUUAGAUAUGAAAAUUGAAAUGGAAUAGGUAAGACACUGGAUGGAAGUGAGCUUUAAGCUUAUACAUUAAAUGGUAACAUUUGGGUUUAACUUGUGCCAGAUCCCCUACAAAUAAAUCAAAUAAAUAAAUUCACAAUGUCCA